AUGGAUUGGAGAAGACUACUUAUAUUCCUUUUGGUUAUUACUCCUGAACGAUCACUUGCACAAAAUACACGAUCAUUUAAAAUGUUAAGUAUGAAUGGAUGGCAAUUUCAAUGUGUUACAACCACUUGUCUACCUUAUACUACUAUUACAGCAUCAAAUAUUUUUCGGUGCCAAGCAUCAUGCUUAGGACAAGUUCAAUGUAAAGCCGCUAGUUUUCAACGAUCAACUUCUGGCUGUCAACUGUUUGAUAACACAAUGAACCAAAACGAUCCUAUGGAUGCUAACAUGGAUACUAUCGGUAUGACAGUGAUUUCUGGAACAAGAACACCUCCUGGUAAGUUUGAAUCCAACGCAUUAGAAUAUAUGUCGGACAUUAUUUUUCACACAUUAUAA